AAACUGCAACCGUUCCAUCGUGCAAGUGGUCGUAUUAGCAUCAUUAAGGGCACAAUUUACUUAUAAAAUUGUAAUAAUGACCGAAGUGCGGAAAGAUGAUGUUGUAAAAAUUCUUCAUACCUAUCCACUUUGUAGAAAAUGUGAUAUGUCUGAUGAGAUGAAACAAGAAGCAAUGGAAUUAUGUGUGACUGCAGCAGAAAAGUAUGCAGACAACUAUGAAAGUGUCUCGCGAAUGAUUAAAGAAACAAUGGACAAGAAGUUUGGUGCAUCAUGGCAUACUGUUGUUGGAGAAGGCUAUGGCUUUGAGAUCACUUAUCAAUUGAAACACCUUCUGUAUAUGUAUUGUGCUGGCAAUUUAGCAAUAUGCAUAUGGAAAUCUGCAUAGUGUAGCUUUGGCUAUUGAAAUGAACGUAACAGAUCAUAAGUGUAAAAUUAUUUUUUUGAGAGUAUAUCAAGUAUUUAUAGUAUUAUAUGUCAUAAGGGGAAAGAAUAUGUUUAUCUUAUAAGUAUGGGUCCAAUUUGUGUUUAAGUUAAAUGUUUUAUGUUGUCGUAAUUAAAUACCAGCAAAACCAAACAAUCCAAUUAAUAUGUAUACUGUAUAGAAUAUAAUUAACUAAGCAAAAUACUUUUUUUUUAGCAAAACUUAUUGAAUUAUUUGUUAUUGCUUAGCAGCUAUAUGAACAUAUGACAUCAUAGAGUAAUAAAAUUUAUUAAAAUCUAUUCUUUUAUAAGGAAACAGAUAUGUAUUUAUAAAAGAUA